AUGCCCAGCUGUACAGAGGAAGGAGAGUUUCAGGAAAGAUAUGAACAAUGGAAAUCAUCGAACCAGUAUAAUGAAAAUGACGAAAUUUCUAGCAAUGCGUCAUCAACGUGUAAAACGAAACUUGCGAGUUCCAAAGCUAAACGUUUGAUUGCUGAGCAAAAGUUAAAUUCUCUUAGAAAAAAACACGAGCUUGAACUGGCGCGCAGAGAAAUAGAAAUUAAACAACAAGAACUUGAAUAUCAGUGUGAAUUAGAGCAAGCGCGUAUUGAAGAAUCGGUCUGGCACGAGGCAUUGGAGGAAGAAAUUGGUGAGCACGUGCAAGAUUCGUCAUAUGUGAAGCAGACGACAGUAAAUGAUUUCACUUCCGGUCAUGAACAGUCUGAUAAGAACACAAGAAGUGCACACGACGAUUGUGUAAUUAUAAAUACACCUAACAACACUCAUUUGGUAACGGAGCAACAUAAGAAUGGAUCAAUGAGUCAGAACGCGCAUCCAUCUGAGAAUGUAGUCACGAGCGUUUUGAGAAAUACAGACACUAACGUUUUGAGAAAUACAGACACUAACGUUUUGAGAAAUACAGACACUAGCAUAGAAUCAGCUUUUCAGUUGCUGGCAAAUACGUUACAAGAAGGAUUCAACUUACCAAAGCCGGAGCUCCUGAGAUUCAGCGGUUCAACAUUGGAAUACUUUCGUGACGACAGGUUACGACUUAGUUACUUGAUACAAUACUGUGACGGAGAGGCAAAGAGUGCAAUAGAAGACUGUGUAUUACUGAGUCCAAGUGAAGGUUAUAAGCGAGCAAGAGACAUUUUGUACUCACGGUACGGUAGGCCACAUAACAUUGCUAGAACUUAUGUAGAUAAAAUUGUUAAUGGUCAUUCCUUAAAGGCGUCUGACACUAAUGGUCUUUCAGAUUUAGCACUUGAGAUGAGAAAAUGUGAAAUUACUUUGUCUCAGUUAGGAUUUAAGUCAGACAUAGAUAACACAGACAACUUACGUCGCAUUGUUAGACGUUUGCCUAUGCACGUCCGCGGUAAAUGGGUAGAUAUUGCACACUCAAUUACUGAGUCUGGUAGGGAACCGGGCUUUUCAGAUCUAGUGAAAUUUGUAGAAGAAAAGGCUCGAAUCGCCACUUCCCUAUAUGGCCUUGACCUUGCAAAUGAGAAGAGUCAUGGUAAGAUUGUUGAAGAUCGAACCUUUAAGUCAAAGCCAAGUCCUGCACCUCGUAGAAAUAAUGCUGUCAGUUUUGCUACGAAUAGUGCAGUAAACAAUUUUAUGUAUAAGCCGUCACGUAAGUGCUAUUGUUGUUCAGGUAGUUGUAAAGAUUUAGCUUCAUGUACGAAAUUUACAGCCAUGAAUUUAAAUGACAGGGAACAAUGUAAAAGUGGGACGUACUGCAAGACUUAUGCUCUGCUUGACGAGGGAGCUGACCAAACAUUAUGUGAUGAACGCUUGUUGAAAACGCUGAACCUACCCUCCAAAGCUGUGACGUUCAAGAUGUCUACAGCAAGCUCUUCCGGUAUUAUCUUCGAAGGACAGGAAGUUGAGCUGCACGUGCAACCGGCGUCAGGUGGUAACGACGUUACGUUGAGAAAAGUUUGGUCAGUGAAAUCUCUUCCAGUAUCAACUAGAUCUGCUGCGAAAAACGCUGACAUCCGAGAUCUACCAUAUUUAUCUAAGAUAGAAACUCCUGAAAUCGACUCUAGCUUUGUGAUACUUCUUAUUGGAACAGAUGCACCACAGGCACAUAUACCCUUAGAAGUGCGUUCAGGCCGCCAUGAUCAACCCUACGCCAUUAAAACUCAACUAGGCUGGGCAGUGCGUGGACCUGUUACAGACACUACAACACAGAAAUCAGCUAAUGUAAAUUUUCAGCAGUCAGCUGAUGUAUUGUUACAACAACAACUUGAGAAAAUGUGGACUACGGACUUUGAUGACAAAGUGAAAGUAGAAAGAAAUUCAAUGUCUCUAGAAGACAAGAAAGCUUUAAACACUAUGAACUCUUCGUUGAGAUAUGAAAAUGGACAUUACAAACUGAAAUUACCAUGGCGUGACGAGAAAGCAGUAAUGCCUAACAACUUGACUCUUGCGCAUGCGCGACUCGAACAUUUGAAGAGGAAGUUAGCACGAGAUCAAGAGUUGCAUAAAAUGUACACAGCAUCAGUAACUGACUAUAUCCAGAAAGGACAUGCACAGGAGGUAACACACUUUGAAUCUGAUAGUAACCGCGUGUGGUACUUACCCCAUCAUCCUGUGACGAAUCCUAAUAAGCCCGGAAAAGUGAGAGUUGUAUUUGACUGUGCCGCCAAAUACAAAGGAAUUUCCCUUAAUAGUCAACUUCUACAAGGACCCGACUUUAUGAACAGCUUGGUUGGCGUUUUAAUCAGAUUUCGUCAAGAGCCCGUUGCUAUAGCAGCCGACAUCGAGGCUAUGUUUCAUCAGGUCCGUGUCGAAGAUUUAGAUUGUGAUGCCCUACGGUUUCUAUGGUGGCCUGAAGGGGACAUGACUCAACAACCUAGAUGCUAUAAGAUGCUGGUACACCUAUUUGGCGCGACCUCAUCCCCAAGUUGCACAGCAUAUGCAUUAAUACGAACAGCGUCGGAUAACGCACAUAUGUAUAAACCAGAGGUAGUCAACACCGUUAAAAGGAACUUUUACGUUGACGACUGCUUAAAAUCAGUUUCUUCUGAUGAGAAAGCAAUCGAGUUAGCCGCAGACUUACAGUCAUUGUUAAGGAGAGGAGGAUUUCGUCUGACGAAAUGGCUUAGCAAUAAGAGAGAUGUCGUUGAAUCUAUCCCAGAGUCAGAACGAGCGCCAUCUAUAAUGAAUCUUAGCAAGAGUGACAGUUUGCCAGUAGAUCGUGCCCUCGGUGUUCAGUGGAAUGUAGAAAAAGAUGAACUCAAAUUUAAAGUGAAAGUAAGUGAAAAACCAAUAACAAGACGCGGCAUCCUUUCCAUCGUCAGUUCCAUAUUUGAUCCCCUUGGACUUGUAGCACCAGUAACUCUACGUGCAAAGGCUAUAGUACAAAACCUAUGUAGACAGAAGCUUUCAUGGGACGAUCCUAUCCCUGAAAAAGAUACGUACGAGUAG